GCCGCCAUGCCGCCUCCCCACGUCGAAGACGACCACUUCGCGCGGACACCGCUCAUCGCCGCCCGACUUCCACUUCCUCGCCGGGCCGCCGCGAGGCUCCACCCGCUCCCUCUCCUCGUCGCCGCCGCGGCCUUCGCCACCUACUACCACCUCCUCGUCGCGCCCGCGCCGUCCUACUACCACUCCCUCUUCCUCUCCCUGGGCUCCAACGAGACCGCCGCCGCGCACCUGCGCGCGCUCACCGCCCGCCCCCACCUCGCGGGCACCGACGCCAACGCCCUCGCCGCCGACCACGUCGUCUCGACGCUCUCCUCCCUCUCCUUCCCCACCCGCGUCACGCCCUACUCCGUCCUCCUCUCCUACCCCGCCCACCGCUCCCUCUCCCUCUCCGCGCCAGGCCGCGCCGCCACCGCCUUCGCGCUGGUGCAGGACGCCUACGCCGGCGACCCCUACGCCGCGGCCUCGGCGGAGGCCGUCCCCACCUUCCUCGCGUACGCCGCGUCCGGCUCGGCCGCCGCCGAGGCCGUCUACGCCAACUACGGCCGCGCCGAGGACUAUGCCUACCUCGCCUCCCGCGGCGUGAACGUCACGGGGAAGGUCGCAAUCGCGCGCUACGGCGAGGUGUUUCGUGGCGACAAAGUGAAGAACGCCCGUGUCGCUGGCGCGGCGGCGGCGCUCAUAUACACCGAUUUCAAGGACUACACGGCGCCGGGGAAGGCCUUUCCUGAUGGGCCGUGGAUGCCGCCGACCGGCGUGCAGGUCGGGAGCGCGUUCAAGGGGGUCGGGGACCCCACGACGCCGAUGUGGGCGUCGUCGGAAGGGUGCGAGCGCGUGAGCAUCGCGGAGGCGAUGGCCACGGACGACAUGCCCGGGAUACCGGCGCUGCCGGUGUCGGGAAGGGACGGGGAGGAGAUACUGCAGCUCAUCGGCGGGGAUGUCGCUCCAGAGGAUUGGCAAGGCGGCGAGGGCGCGCCGGUUUACCGUCUCGGACCCGGGCCGGCGGUGCUCAAUCUGACCUAUACAGGGAAUGAGACGAUGGCAACUAUUCAGAAUGUUAUUGCAGUGAUUGAGGGGAAAGAAGAACCUGAUAGGUAUGUUAUCCUUGGCAACCAUCGUGAUGCAUGGACAUUUGGGGCAGUUGACCCGGGCAGUGGAACGGCAGCCUUGCUUGAGCUAGCUCAAAGGUUCUCUAAGCUGCAAAGCAAGGGUUGGAGACCUCGACGGACCAUCAUCUUGUGUAACUGGGAUGCCGAAGAGUACGGAUUGAUUGGAUCCACUGAAUGGGUUGAAGAAAACAGGGCAAUCUUAACUUCGAGAACUGUUGCUUACCUGAAUGUUGAUAUUGGGGUGUGUAAUUCUGGACUUGACGUACUAGCCACUCCUCAACUUGAUGAGUUGCUUAAGCAAGCGAGUAAACAGGUUCAAAAUCCCGAUAAUGGAACAGAAAGUCUGUAUGACAUGUGGAUGGCUUCUGACAGUUCUUUGAUUGGUAGGUUAGGAAGCGGAGGAUCAGAUCAUUUUGCCUUUGUUCAACAUAUUGGCAUUCCUUCAGUUAGUAUGUCUGUUGGGUCAGAUUAUGCUGUGUACCAUAGCCUGUACGAUGACUUCACAUGGAUGGAAAAGUAUGGAGAUCCCAUGUUCCGCAGGCAUGUCGCAGUGGCAAGCAUGUGGGGGCUUCUUGCGUUGAGGCUUUCAGAUGAUGAGAUCCUACCCUUCAACUACAGCUCUUAUGUUGCAGAGCUUGAGAAAGGUGCCGUGGGUAUAAACAAGAGUGUACUAGGAAUGCCUGUCAGCUUAUCUCCCCUCCAAAAGUCAAUCAAAGAGUUCGACAAGGCAGUUCUAAAAGUGGAUUCUGAACUUAAGGCUCUACAAACGUGGAAUGUUUGGUCGCCUUGGCGAAACAAUCCAUUGAGAGUAAGAGACCUCAAUGACCGGUUGAUGAUGACCGAACGGGCGUUCACAGAGCGGGAAGGACAGUCCGGGAGACCUUGGCGCAAACACAUGAUUUAUGGACCCUCACUGCACAACGAUUAUGGGGCGGAAGUCUAUCCGGGUGUCGAUGAUGCCAUCCAGACAGCGAAGAGAACAAAUACUUCGUUGUCCUGGCAGUCUGUACAACAUGAGAUUCACAGGAUUGCUAGAGUCAUCAGCCAGGCCGCGUUAGUCCUAAGUGGAGGUUUAACAUGAAUCCUUCUGCUGUCCUGAUUCAUUUAAAGACCAAGUUUGUAAAAAUAAGGUUGUGGACAACCCUGGCGAGAUGAAUACUGAAUAACAAUGUCUGUGUCUGCGUUGAUUUACCAAGGUACAAUGAUUACAAUGUAUAUAGAAGCGGGAGGAGAUCCUAACGGGAUGGCCAUGGCAGAGGCGCGGGCAGGUGCAUGCUUGGCGACAGACUCGGUAUACCCUGAAGACUAGGAAAAUCUAGUUACAGAACUAAUGUUACAAUGUACACA